AUGGUUCGCCGGCACGCUGCAUUUCCGGACUUGGAAGCCGAGUAUUCUGAUAUCCAGGAUCCUAACCUCCGACGACGGCUGAUUCUGCGCCAUAUCAAUGAACGACCUUUUGGCCAGGCUCAUGUGCGAGCGAUUCUCGUAGCUGGGACUGGGUUUUUAACUGACUCGUAUGAUAUUUUCGCCAUUAAUCUCGUCUCCGACAUGAUCGGAUUUUGCUACUUUCCCAACCAUGGAAACAAAAUCCCCCAGUCCAAUGACACCACCAUCAAGGUCGUGACCUCUGUCGGUACACUUGUUGGUCAAUUAUUCUUUGGUUGGCUGGCCGAUGUGGUCGGGCGAAAGCGUAUGUAUGGGUAUGAGUUGCUCAUUAUCACCCUGGCCACAUUAGGUCAGUGUAUCACAGGACCUUCCUCGGCGAUCAGCAUAACUGGCCUCCUGGUAUUCUGGAGAAUUCUAAUGGGCGUGGGCAUUGGAGGAGACUAUCCUCUUUCCAAUAUCAUCACAUCUGAGUUCGCCUCGACAAAAUGGAGAGGAACUAUGGUGGCGGCAGUUUUCUCAACCCAAGCCCUUGGGCAAUUGCUUGCCAGUCUGGUGGCAUACAUUGUCAUCGAAGCGUUCAGAUCGCAGACUCACACCGCCCAAAACGUUUGUCAGGGUGACACUUGCAGUCAAGAUGAUGCCGGAAAACUUGCUGUUGAUCGGAUGUGGAGAAUCAUUAUCGGAUUCGGGGCGGUCCCUGCAGUCUUUGCUCUAUAUUGCCGAUUGACCAUUCCCGAGACACCACGUUACACCUUUGAUGUGAGUAGGAAUGUGGAACAGGGAUUCGCGGACUAUAAAGGCUGGGUGAUGAACACCAUUGGUCCCAGGAGUGGACGAGGACAAAUGUCUGCUGACCGAGAAAACAUUCAAGCCGAAUUGAACAAUCAGGCGCUCGGCGGGCUUGACGCAAGAGACGUUCCGCAAUCAUCUUGGAGUGAUUUCAAACGAUAUUUUCGCCAAAGGAGACAUGGUCUUAUUCUCGCCGGUACGACGGGAUCCUGGUUUUUCCUGGAUGUUGCCUAUUACGCACUUGCUUUGAAUAACACAAUCUUUCUCCAGAAGAUGGGAUUUGGUUCACUUCGCGAUAGCGACUCACAUACCAUUUACACCAUCCUUCGGAACGGGGCCGUGGGAAAUUUGGUCCUCGUUGUUGCGGGCGCCAUUCCUGGUUCUCUUUUGGCCAUUUAUUUUGUCGACAAAAUCGGGAGAAAAUCCAUUCAGAUUGGAGGCUUUACCAUGAUGACGAUUCUUCUGUUGAUCCUCGGCAGCGCUUUCGGGAGCAUGAGUGAUGCUUCCAGAGUUGCAGUGUUCGUUUUGUGCCUCUUCUUCAUCAAUUUUGGCAAGUACACCAUGGUUUAUACGGAAGGAUUCCAGGGCUGA